CACCCAUUUCUUUCCCUGUAAGUCCAAGAAUUCAAGUCUCGUGUCACAAUAAACCAACCUCAACUCUUGUUUCCUCUCUGUCUGACUGUCUCCAGAGAAAAAAACACACACAUUAACUUAGCAGUAAGAAGAUCACUCCUCCUGCUCUAUGAAAUGAAAGCUAUCAAGAAAACCAGAAAAGCCGCUCCUCGAAAGACCGGCACCAAGGCCCGGAAGAAGAAGCCCAAGUACCUGAGUCUACGCCUCCAACUCUCCCCACAAACCGACUCACCACCAAGACCCGCACCUGUGACACGUCAACGGCGCAGGCAAGAACAACGCCAGCAGAUCCCGGUUUUCACGGAUGACAUGCACGAUGAUCACGUGGCCAUGCUCUUCGACACCUCCACCGACAACAGCCUCCAAGGCAUUAUUCUUGAAAACUCCACCACCACCACCACGGGGCGGGAGGAGACAUUAUCGCCAUACGCGUGCGUGGAGGAGGAGGGGUCGCGGCUUGUACGGACGGCGAUGAGGUGUAAGGAGAGGGAUACGAGUGAGGAGAAGUGGGUUUGUUAUGCCGAAGUGGUGGAAGAGAUCAAGAAGGAGCAGGAGGAGGUCAGUAGUUGUUGUUGUGCUACUGAUCAUCAUGAUUCAUGGUGGCAAGAUCUAGAUCAUCACAGGAGAAGUAGUAGCGGUGGGCCCAGCACCUCCUUGGUCUUGAAGCUCGAUUAUAAAGAGAUAUUGAAUGCUUGGUCGGAUAGGGGCCCACUUUAUGUUGAUGAACAAGUCGUCCCUGAUCUGCAUGACCCAAACAAUGCAUCAACAGAGUGUUUGGGAAGUGUAGGGAACUUAUGGAGUGUUUCGGAGGUUGGCAGCACCAAACUGAAAGAGGAAGGCUGGAAGGUGGUGCAAAGAGAGGCAAGCAUGUUGAGAUACAAGGAAAAGAGGCAAAACAGACUCUUCUCUAAGCGAAUUCGAUAUCAAGUCCGAAAGCUCAACGCCGAGAAGCGACCUCGCAUCAAGGGUCGUUUUGUGAAGAGAAGUGGAGAAGACUGAAGAUUUCAGAGUUUUGGACAUAAUAUUAUAUUGCUCUAUGUGGAACCUUGUUCUUUCAAUAGCUUAAUUGGGUUCCUGCCUAUCCCCUCUUUUGUCCAUUUUGUCUUAUCCAUGAUAUGGACUAUACUCACUGUAUGAGUGAGCACUCACAUCAGUUGCUGUAAAAUUGAAUCUGUAGGUAAAAUA